AUGGCUGUCAGUUGUCAAUUGCGCUUCAAAGGAAAGUUAUGAAAAUGGCGUUUGAACAAUUUUUGCAUAUGCUAUGCAGUAGUGUUUAAAUUAAAAUACACUAAGCAAAAGACGUAUAUAAAUUUAUAGGAGAAAUCCGUUAACUAAUUCAAUAAAGUAUUGUUAUUAGUGUUAAAUAUAAAGGACAAUGGCCGAUCCACUAAGUUUGUUGCGUCAAUAUAACGUAAAUAAAAAGGAAAUUAUCGAAAGAGAUGGACAAAUCAUCUUUGGAGAGUUUUCUUGGCCUAAAAAUGUUAAGACCAACUAUCUUAUUUGGGGGUCAGGAAAAGAUGGAACACCGAAGGAAUAUUACACAUUAGAAUGUCUAUUGUUCUUCUUAAAAAAUAUUACAUUAAGCCAUCCUGUCUAUGUACGACAAACAGCUGCAGAGACCAUACCUGUCGUAAGAAGACCUGAUCGUAAAGAGCUAUUGGCUUAUUUAAAUGGAGAAACUGCUAGUUGCCCUGCCAUUGAUAAAAGUGCUCCUUUGGAAAUACCCACGCAAGUUAAAAGAUCUGCUGAUUAUGACGGUCCAGAGAGUCUGGCUAAAAAGCCGAGGUUCGAAGACACACAUGUACAGAAAGUCAGAGAAAAGUUGGCUGCUAAGCUAGAUGGGCCGAAGGAAGCUUCAGUGACGGUGGACAAUAUAAAAUCUCUCUCGGAUGCUAUGUCUGUUGAGAAAAUUGCCGCUAUUAAGGCAAAACGUCUGGCAAAGAAGAGAACUACUAUUAAAGGAAACGAUGAUAUUGGCCAGGAAUAUGACAUUAGUGCUAUUUUGGAUUUAGAUGUAGAUAUUACUAAGGAUAUUAUUAGUAGAGAGAGGCAGUGGAGAACCAGGACCACUAUAUUGCAAUCAACUGGCAAGACUUUUGCUAAAAAUAUAAUUGCCAUGUUGGCAAGUAUUAAGGCUAGGGAAGAAGGUAGGCAGAGACCACCACAACAGCCUCCGCAAGUUACACCUAGAGCUACACCUAUUAGAGCAACAGCACAGCCCUCUGUAUACAACAGAUACGAUCAGGAAAGGUUCAACAGACAAAAAGAAGAAACCGAAGGUUUUGAGAUCAAUACUAUGGGCACAUACCACGGUAUGUCUUUGAAAUCUGUCACUGAGGGAUCAGCGAAAGCGAAUCGUCCAAUACCUGCUCAGCCAACAACACCUCUUCCUAUAAGUGCAGCCAGACCCCCUUCAGGUGGAGCAAAAAAAGUUUCAAGAACCCCCAUCAUCAUCAUACCUGCUGGAACCAAUUCAUUGAUAACUAUGUAUAAUGUCAAGGAUAUGCUUCAAGACUUAAGAUUUGUAACCACAGAACAGAAGAGAGCCGAAGGUGGUAAAAGGGACAACGAGGUUCUAAUUCAGAGGCAUAGAAACGGACAAACAGUGCCUUACAGAGUGGUGGACAAUCCAGCAAAGUUAAGCCCUAGCGAUUGGGACAGAGUUGUCGCAGUGUGGGUGAUGGGGCCUGCCUGGCAAUUUAAAGGGUACCCUUGGGAUACCCCUGUUGAAAUUUUCGAUAAAAUUGCUGCUUUCCAUUUAAAGUAUGAUGAAAUUAAAAUCGACCCCAAUGUGGAGAAGUGGGCUGUGACAGUCAUACAACUAUCGAGGACGAAAAGGCAUUUGGAUAGGGCUGCUCUUAUGAUCUUCUGGGAAAAGUUAGAUAAACAUAUCAUUCAAUUUAAGCCGCAUUUGAGAUGGUAGAGAAUGGAGGAAGUCAUUUUUUAGUAUUUUCAAAUAAAUAAAUAUUUGUGGUUAAGUUUUUGAUGUGAAGAAUCGAAUUGUAUCGGUUUUUAUUGACAUCUUGUAUAUAAGAAUUAUUGUAAGUUUGUAUUAAUUUUUUUUUUCAUAUGUACAAUAAAGAGUAUAUAAAUCAGCUA